AUGGAAGGGAUGCUGGAGAUGGAGGCCCAAAGGCUGGAAGAGCAGCUGGAGCUGGAGAGGAGACAGGUCAGAAGGAACAGGCUGCAGCUGGUGUCUGCAGUGGCCCAGUGGAUAGUAUUGCUUUCCUGCUUGGUCUACUUUGGUCUUGGUUUCCUGCAUCCCCCUACGACUCCAAAAUCCCAGUGGAUCGAAGUUGCAGCCACAGAUUAUGUCCCCAAGGAGAAACGCAUCAAUAUCUCUUGGAAUCGGGGAACCAUGAACGUCAGAAACCUCUCCAUCCCGAUCUACUGUGAUGGCUUCUACCUGGUCUCCCUGAAGGGAACUAUCAGGGCAACGUACCAGAGGAAUGCCUCACUGAGCCUUAAGGUUUACAAGCGGUCCGAUGCGUCCAUCUUGUGUGUGAAGGUCACAGAGGAGGUAGUAGAUUCGGUGACAGUGUCCGAGAUGCGGUUUAAGGAUGAAGUCUAUUUGGAGGCCAACAGAGAUGCCAACUACAAAGAUUUGACACUGGGCCUCUUCUUACUGACUCCUCGCUCACACUGCUUACCAGACGCAUAUAAAAUGUAAAGUAAUGCCCCUGCGAUCAAAUAAAACUGGGAAUUGGAACCCAGCACCUAAACUCAUGGGAGGGUUAUGUCCAAUAGGCUGUACAUGUUCAAAAAACCUACCCUGGCCUGGCCUCUCAGGGGCUUGUGGCAUGUCUGAGUGAGAGAGUUCUCAUGGCUAGUGCAAACAAGCCAAUGUGCAAAUGGUCUUUAUACAGCACAUGUCCUGUUCCUCUCUUUGGGGCUUACCACAGCUAUUUUGUUAGCUGAAAUGGGAGAAAUGUACAGUGCCCUCAAGAAGAAU